UAAUGAGAGGACAUUCAUAUGGAAAUGCCCAGCAGGCUCAGGAAGGUCAGAUGUGGACGGCAAUGUAGAGUGUGCCAUUUGGUAGCUCUGUGACUUUAGGGAAGGUAAUUAACCGCUCUGAGCCUCGGUGCCUUCAGCUACAGAAAGGAGGGGGUAAAAAUGUCUACCUCACAGGAUUGUGAAGAAUAAAUGAGGCUCUAACUAUAAAAUGUCAUAGCAAUUGGCAGAUGGUAUUUAUUAAAUGACUAUUAUGAAUGUUACCAUUGUUAAGGGAGUGAUUUGCAAAGUUGAUAGCUGCACUCAAGGGUGACUGGUUACAUGUGAGAGAGUGUAAAGAGAGAACAGAGGGUUAAAGACUGAAUCUCGAGAAACAUAAGAUGAAAUAAAGAAGAAAUCCAGGAGGAGACAGAGAGGAAGCUGUCAACAAGACAGAGCCUAGGUUGUGUGAUGUGGAAGCCAGGCAAGUGGAGCGUUUGGGUGCAAGGGGGAUGGGUCUCCUCUUCCCUGGUGGCCACCCAGAAGGUGCUAUUCGAGUAUGACCCAUUGCAGUAACUCGGAAAACAUGCCAAGAAAUCUUCAUCUCUGUUUGUUUUUAGGAUUUGUCUUGGGAGGUGCAUUUGGGGUGUUCACCGCCGGCAUUGAUACCAAUGUGGGCUUUGACCCCAAGGAUCCUUACCGGACUCCGACAGCAAAAGAAGUUCUGAAGGACAUGGGGCAGAGAGGAAUGUCCUACGCCAAAAAUUUUGCCAUUGUGGGCGCCAUGUUUUCUUGCACUGAGUGUUUGGUCGAAUCUUACCGGGGGAAGUCAGAUUGGAAGAACAGUGUCAUUAGUGGCUGCAUCACUGGAGGAGCCAUCGGUUUCAGAGCUGGCUUAAAUGCUGGGGUCAUUGGUUGUGGCGGUUUUGCUGCUUUCUCCGCUGCAAUCGAUUAUUAUCUACGGUGAGAGUGCCUGCCUCCGGGGACGGACACCACCACCCAGGACCAGAGCUGCUCAGUGGAGGGCAUUUCUGCACCACUCAGGGCCCUCGCUUCAGAGCCUGAAGACGUUUGUUUCCUCUCAGACAGUCCGUGUUGUGAGGAGCCGCCCGGCCACUGGUCGCCUCCAGCCUCGGAGCAGCCACACUCUCUGCUCCUGGACGCCAGCCCCUCUCUCUCCGGCAGGUUAGGAGUUAAGCUCCACAGAGAUUCAGUGCUGACCACACUUGGCCCCCUGGCUGGUUGCUGCUGUGGGAACGGAGGUGACUUUACAGACCCAGGAAGCUGCUCGACCUUGGAACUCCAUGCAGCCAUCCCUCUCACGUAUCCGUCAGGGAGGGCAGAGUACAUGUAUGCCUGCUGACCAAUUGUGUCACUUUGUUUAGCCUUCUGCUAUCCUUGUUUAAAAAAUGUAUUUAUAUUACAGCUUAAA